UAUAUGUUUACAUUUGUAUUAAAAUGGACGAAAGUAAACGUGUAGUUGUAAAACCACCGGAACUCGUGAAUUUACAACUCGAAGAAAUGGAGAAAGUACCAUCAGCACAUCGUUUUCAGGUGGCUAAAGUGGAAUUUGCGGACGAAAAACCAGACGAAGACGGAGAUAAUGUUAGGGAAACUGCUGUAGGAAACGGAUCUGUAGCCGGUGAAGAAGACGCGACAUCAACAACUUUUUCUUUACCAAGUGAUACCUACGGAAAUAAUCAUAACAGUUAUACUGGCUAUGGAACACAUUUAAAAACAUUUGGAAAAAAUACCACAGAAGCAAUACCACAUGUAGACCAUUACAGGAAUUUAUUGUCAGCAACAUCACCUCUCAAAUCUAGACCAACCUUGGCUGAAUUACACGAAGAAAAGGAUGACAUAGAACGGCAGCGUCAUAGGGAACCGCUCCUGUCGGAAACCGACACAAACCCUGAAGAUUCAAAACCGAAAGAUAACAAAUCAGCGAUAAAGUUUGGCUGGAUUAAGGGAGUCCUUAUAAGAUGUCUGUUGAAUAUAUGGGGUGUGAUGUUAUUUCUGCGCCUGUCCUGGGUAACAGGGCAGGCUGGAACCGGGCUUGCCACACUUGUAGUACUUCUGUCUACCGUAGUCACUGUGAUAACUUCUUUAUCAAUGUCAGCUAUAUGUACAAAUGGUAUAGUAAAGGGAGGUGGUGCAUAUUUUAUGAUCUCUCGAAGCCUUGGGCCAGAGUAUGGUGGUGCUAUUGGUAUGAUAUUCUCUGUUGCUAAUGCUGUUGCUGUAGCCAUGUAUGUUGUGGGAUUCGCAGAAACAGUUCGCGAUCUCUUACUAGCCCACAAUGCACUGAUGGUGGACGAGGAGAAUGACAUCAGAAUUAUAGGUUUUAUAACAAUAAGUUUGCUACUUGCUAUAGCAAUAAUAGGAAUGGAGUGGGAGGCUAGAGCUCAGGUGAUAUUGUUAGGUGUUUUACUCAUUGCAAUGUUAAACUUUGUGAUUGGAACAUUUAUUCCACCAUCAGAGGCUAAAUUAUCUAAAGGGUUUACAGGGUAUAGAGGGGAUGUAUUUGUUGACAAUUUCUCACCAAACUUCCGGGAUGGGGAAGGAUUUUUUUCUGUGUUCUCAAUAUUUUUUCCUGCUGCCACCGGGAUACUUGCAGGAGCCAACAUCUCAGGAGAUUUAAAGAAUCCUCAGAAGGACAUUCCAUUAGGAACAUUUACUGCCAUAGCAAUAUCAACAGUAUCUUACAUUGUUGUUGUCUGGAUACUGGGCAGCUGUAUUGUGAGGGAUGCCACUGGACCACUGGUUGCCAUGGCAAUAGAUGCAGUAAACUCAUCAGAAACCUCAUCAACAAUGUCCUCAGUGUUAAACUCUACACCAUCUAUGACUGUCGCUAAACUACAGUAUACUUUUGAAAAUAUACAGAAUUGCAGUCUGUCUGCGGAGGGAGGGUGCAAGUAUGGACUCUUGAAUGAUUAUCAGGUGAUGGAGAUGAUGUCAGGAUUCGGUCCUCUUAUUACAGCUGGCAUUUUCUCAGCAACAUUGUCUUCUGCUCUCGCAAGUCUUGUGUCUGCCCCAAAAGUCUUUCAGGCUGUAUGUAAAGAUAAAAUAUUUCCAAAAGUUCAGUUCUUUGCUAAAGGAUAUGGGACAAGUGAAAACCCUAGACGUGCUUAUGUAUUAGCUUAUGUGAUUGGUUUAGCUUUUAUUCUUAUUGGAGACCUGAAUGCUAUAGCACCAAUUAUCUCCAAUUUCUUCCUGAUGGCGUACAUGUUGAUCAACUACUCCUGCUUUGAUAAUUCUCUUGCCAAAUCUCCAGGUUGGAGACCAUCAUUUAAGUACUACAAUAUGUGGUUAAGCCUUAUAGGUGCCUUACUGUGCGUUGCUGUGAUGUUUAUCAUUAACUGGUGGACAGCUCUUGUAACCUUUGGUGUGAUUGGUGCAAUCUUUGUAUAUGUACAUUAUAGAAAACCAGAUGUAAACUGGGGAUCAUCUACCCAGGCACAUGUCUACAGAAGUGCAUUAACCACAGCUUUAAAAUUAGCGCACACUGAAGAUCAUAUCAAAAAUUUUAGACCACAAGUAUUGGUGCUGACUGGGUUUCCAUGUAAUAGACCAGAACUUGUCUAUUUUGUCAACUCUCUUACAAAGAAAAUCAGUCUUAUGGUCUGUGGUCAUAUAUUAGAGGGUAGUCACUCAGAUGCUUUAAAAGAAUACCGUAGAUUUAGACGAGGUUAUGUGAACAAAUGGUUAACAAAGAGAAGAAUCAAGGGGUUUUACAGUGUAACUAUAGCCCCAGAUUUCAGACAAGGUGCUAGGAGUUUGAUGCAGAAUGUUGGUAUAGGGAAACUAAAGCCAAAUAUCCUCAUGAUGGGCUUCAAGUCAACAUGGAAGACAGAAUCUCCUGAAUCUAUGGAUGCUUACUUCAGUGUGAUACAUGAUGCAUUUGACUAUGAGUUUGGUGUUGGCGUGUUGCGCACCCCAGAGAGACUGUACAAGGAGGGAGAGGAUAUGCUUGAGGAGGAGAAUCUACCCCAGGAAGAUGAAAAUAACUAUGAUGUUUUCUUGAGGACUCCCUCUAGGGAGCAAGCAAUGCUGGCCUAUCUUGGGGUGUAUGAUUAUCAAAAGGAUUUGCGUGUAAAAGCAAUGGAAGAAGACAGUCCAUUACCAAGUCCGUCCCGCCGCAACAGUAGCCCAGAGGUAGAGACUCCACCGCAGGACCUGGAGGCACAGACGCCAGAGGACUUAAACACAAGUUUCUCACGGUCACUGUCAAAAAUUGAAUCAAGUAUACACUUUGCAAAGAAACAGAAGGGAACUAUUGAUGUCUGGUGGCUCUUUGAUGAUGGAGGUCUGACGUUACUGGUACCCUACAUCCUGCAAACUAAACAACAGUGGAAGAACUGUGGAUUGCGCGUCUUUACUGCAGGAACCAAGAGAGGGGAACUUGUCAGGGAACAAAAACAAAUGGCACAGUUAUUAAGCAAGUUUCGUAUAGAAUGCCAGGAUAUGAAAAUUAUUGCUGAUAUUGGCAAAUUGCCAACAGAGAAAAGCAAGCAAGAGUUUAAUGAAUUACUGAAGGGUUUGGUUCUGGAUGAAGACAAUGGAGAGACAGUGGAACAAUACCCCUGGAAAACAACAGAAGAUGAAAUGCUACUAUUAAAAGAAAAGACAAAUCGCCAGAUGAGACUUCGUGAACUUCUGCAGGAACAUUCUAUGGAUGCUUCUCUAAUUGUCAUGACAUUACCGGUUCCAAGGAAGGGAACAUGCUCCAGCAGUUUGUACAUGGCCUGGCUGGAGACUCUAACCAGAGACAUGCCACCUAUACUUCUGCUACGUGGCAACCAACAAAGUGUGCUCACAUUCUACAGCUAGGAGUAUCAGUGUUGCCAUGGUGGUUUACAAUACUAACAGUCUGCAUUGAAUAAUGAACAAAAUAUGUAACACUGCAAGAUUACAGCUGUGCUAUGAUUUAUGAAGAGAAUUACAAGCUUGAAUUGUCAUUCUUCUAGCAAAGUAUACUGGGCAGGAAUUGAAAUAUCAUUGUCAUAAUGGGAUAGAGUUAUCAUAUAAGUAAAAAUGUUUAAGAUUUUAGAUUUUGAAGGACCGUCAAGCAAAAAACCACUUUGGUUUAGAAAUAAUAGUUGUGUCAAGUAGAAAUAAUUAGUCGUAAAAUGUAGAAAUGUUUUAGAUUUAGUUUACAGGUUUGCAUGGCAAACAAUUGUUGCAAUAUUGAUGGAGAUUUAUUUAAACUUACUACAGUGUGGAAUGAGGAAAUCAUAGACAAAUGAUUCUGUUGGACAGUUAUUGAAGUGGUGCUUUGAAAUUAAUGUAUUAGAAAUGAACAGAUGAUGAGUCAUUGUUAAAACUUGGAAAGUAUCGUCACAUCUUUUUUUGUGCUGAGGUGGUGAUAAUUAUGUUAAAUGAAAGAAUAUUUGAAAUUAUAAGCCUUUUGUAACCCCUGGUAUGAAUGGUAAACAAGAUGUGAUAAAUAUUGAUAGUUUUUGAAAAUACAUUUAUGUAUAAAGUUUACUUGCCAGAACAAAUUAGUAGAAACUUGUGUAAAUAAAAAAAAGAGCUUUUAAACCAAUUAGUUGUUGAGGAUGAGAUAUAAAGCUUUAGAAGUAGUGAGCUUUAAUGAUAAUGUUUUAACUGAACAUUUAAAAAGACACCAAAACUAUUUUUGAUACCAGUUGUGAUUGUUUAUUAUAAAACAGAUAAUGUAAAUAUGUUAGAAAUAGGGUGUUGGUGGUCAAUGAACAAGUAUAUAUAUAUACAACAGUGGCUUAGCUAGCCAUAAUUCUGUAUGCCUUUUUGUGUACACUUAUGUUUUAAACUUAAAAAGUAAAUUGCUAACUUUGAAAAUAGCAAUUCAAAUAAUGAAUUAAGAUGGUCAAAAAUAAGGAGAAAACUUAUUGUUUCAAUGUUUUCUAAAUAAUAAAGGUUGUUUUUUCCAGCUGUCCUGUGCUUGACUAUGCAUGUUUAGAUUUCUUUACAGUAGCGGCAGAAAUGCCUGCUAUAACCUGGAUUGUAAAGGCAAACUUAAAAAUUUCACCACUUUGUGUACAUUCAUUGAUACCCUUGGUACACUUCUGUGUAAAACUGGGAUGUUUAAUUGCUUGAACACAUGAAUAGCUCUAGCUGUUAUUGAAAGCCUUGUUAAAGUCUGUAUGUAUGUGCAUAUAUAUAUCUGAUUUUAGUUGGAUUAUAACCUGACAUAUAUUGACCUUUAAAAAUGUUAUGCAGAAAUCUUUACCUCAGUUAUUUGAUAUGUUUGUCAGUUAUGUCUAAAAACUUCAAAAUAACUCGUGUCAGUGUUGUCCAAAAGGAGAAACUGCAUAUACUACAUGACACUUUGUACACUACAUGGCAGUGUGUACAGGACAUUCCAAUAUAUACAUGAUAUGAAACUAUGUACAUGAUGCAAUGCACACACCACUGUGUAUGGGUCAUGCCAAUAUAUACAUGAUAUGGAACUAUGUACAUGAUGCAAUGCACACACCACUGUGUACGGGGCAUGCAUGAUAAUACACUGUAUACAUGGUGCUCUGUACACUACAUGACAGUGUAAGAAUCUCUGAAAUAUAGAAUCUCAAAUUUUUGUGUUCGGUAAUUUUUACAACUUUACACCUAUUUUCAUUAUGACCUGUUUAUGAAGAGAUUCAAUUUUAUUGUCAUAUACAAAACUGCAGUAUUUCAUUUUUUAGCUUGACUUUUCAAAGAUAAAGUAGAGCUAUUGCACUUGCCCUGGCUAAGUAUUCGCCAUCGCCUUUGGUUAAUUUUUUUGAUUAAGUCAAAUAUCUCUGUUACUAUUAAAGCUUUAACUUGAAACUUAAAAUAGUUAUUUACUAUCUAAGUCUACAUCAGGAGAAACAAUCCCCAUACCUCUGAUUUGAAUUUUGACAGAGUUAUGCCUCUUGUUAACUUAGAGAAUUUUUUGGUUAAAGUUUUUGAUAGUCAAAUAUCUCUGUUACUAUCAAAGCUUUUGACUUGAAACUUAAAAUAAUUAUUUACUAUCAAAGUCUACACCAGGUGAAACAAUCCCUAUAACUCUGAUUUAAAUUUUGGCAGAGUUAUGGCCCUUUUUAACUUUUUUGUUUGAAGUUUUAUAAAGUUUAUACAGGCAAAGCUCUAAUUCAGAAUCAAGCACUGAGAAAAGCCAAGCGUGCUGUCUUACAGACAGCUCUUAUUACCAAAUCAUGUCUGUGAAAUUACUAAAUUAUAUUGUUUACAUUUUGACAAUAUGAGCCGCAUUGUAUCAGUAAUACUCUGUCUCAGCUAUAUCCUGACAUAAUCUGACAAUAUGAGCCGCAGUGUAUCAGUAAUACUCUGUCUCAGCUAUAUCCUGACAUAUUCUGACAAUAUGAGCCGCAGUGUAUCAGUAAUACUCUGUCUCAGCUAUAUUCUGACAAUAUGAGCCGCAAUGUAUCAGUAAUACGCUGUCUCAGCUAUAUCCUGACAUAUUCUGACAAUAUGAGCCGCAGUGUAUCAGUAAUACUCUUGUCUCAGCUAUAUCCUGACAUAUUCUGACAAUAUGAGCCGCAGUGUAUCAGUAAUACUCUGUCUCAGCUAUAUCCUGACAUAUUCUGACAAUAUGAGCCGCAUUGUAUCAGUAAUACUGUGUCUCAGCUAUAUCCUGACAUAUUCUGACAAUAUGAGCCGCAUUGUAUCAGUAAUACUCUGUCUCAGCUAUAUUCUGACAAUAUGAGCCGCAAUGUAUCAGUAAUACUCUGUCUCAGCUAUAUUCUGACAAUAUGAGCCGCAGUGUAUCAGUAAUACUCUGUCUCAGUUAAUUCUGACAAUAUGAGCCGCAGUGUAUCAGUAAUACUCUGUCUCAGCUAUAUCCUGACAUAUUCUGACAAUAUGAGCCGCAGUGUAUCAGUAAUACUCUGUCUCGGCUAUAUCCUGACAUAUUCUGACAAUAUGAGCCGCAGUGUAUCAGUAAUACACUGUCUCAGCUAUAUCCUAACAUUGCUUUUCUUUACAUAUGAUAAGGUUAUUAUUACAGUAGCUCAAUUUGGAAUGUUGGAUUUAGCUGGAUUGGAUUUUUGUCAGAUGUGGAACACCACUUGGCGCAUGCACACCAAGUAUGAUCCAGUCUGGUAAAAUCUAUGAGAGCCAAAUAGCACAUUUUAGGUCAAGCUACUGAUAGUCAUAUCAGUAUUUUCCGUUAGAAAGUGGUCUUGUUAGACUUGACUCAGUUGUUUUAGUUAUUUUGAUUCGAAAUAUUUAUAGAAUUGGGUUAUGAAUAUUAAUGAAAGAAGAGCAAACACAUGCAUGAUACGUAUUUGUAAUUUCCACAUGUGUGAUACAGACUUUUGUUGCCACCAGUUUGUAAAUAUUCAAGAAAUACAAGCUGUAUUUUCCACAGAUUAUUUAUUGGUAUAUAUAUUUAGAUACUUUAUCUUGCCAUGAACUGGCCAGUAAAUAAUGGAAAACACCGUACUGUAGGCAGCGUCAUCUGUGAAAACAGCGCUAAACCUGAAAGUGGUGUAGGGAUAUCAUAACCUAGAUGUUGCUAUUGUGUAUCUUUGUAAGAGAGCACUCUGACAGGUGUCCUCAGUCUCGUAUUGAGAUGCAUGUAUUGAACUGAAGCAGAUAUGUUGUGACCCGAAGUGGUCUAAACUGUUUAACUUUCUUUGUUUGUUUUUCGGACAAGGAAUUAACUUUUAUUGUCUACUGGUUUUGAAUGUAAUGACCAGGACUUGUUAAAUUUUCACAGUUCUGUCCCAUAGCAUUAAUGUAAGUUGCACAUUCAUCAGUAAGAAAGGCAGACGUCUUUCAGCUAAAUGUUAAGGUCUUAUUUUGGAGAGGUGGGAUGGGGGGCAUUGUUAAAACAUCAAAAUUUGUUUUUGACUAAAAUUUUGUCUCAUGGAUAAAUCAUGGACUAUUUAUUUAUGAUGUAUGCAUUAGCCAGCACUUGAUUAAGGAAUGUAAAAUCCCCAUGGUUAAAACCACCUUGGCUCAGAAGUGACACAGUGGUCAAAACAUCAGAUAGCUAAGCUACUUCAGCGCAAUAGUUCUGUGUAAUACGUGUGAAUACUUGUAUCAAAAAAGUAGAAAAUAUUAUUCAUAUUCAACAAACUGACUAGUACAUAUUUUACAGAUACGAUCUUUUCUGUUGAUAUUUAUAUAUAUAUAUCAGCCUCAAUCUCUAAGCUGUGUGAUGCAGUUCUAAAAGUGGUUUAUUGAUAUCUCAGUAAUUUUUUUGCUAAAAUAUCUCUAUAAAUGUGAAAUAUCUUUAGUAUUUUUUUUUGUAACAAAGCUUGAGUUUAAAUUGCCUACUGUAUUCAGGUCUCGAUACAUUUUGAAUUGAUGUUUUCCAAUUUUGUAUGUACUGAUCAUAUAGCUGUUGCUUAGAUAUACCAGAAUAGCUAACGUUUGAAUAAAAAUUCUGUCAGACAUCACUAAUACCUAAACUGUCUUAACAAAGAUUUAUUUAUGUGAGACCAUGAAUUAACAUUGUGGCUAUUACAUUGCUUAUUAAAAGUUCUAUACAUAGGCAUUUCUUGGUUCUCAAUUAUUAUUCUAAGGCUGUCUCUUUCAUGAUAACUGAUAUUGGAAAGCUGACAGUGCUUUCUUGGGGUGGGGGUGGGGUGGGGGUGGAGGAGGGGGGCAGUUCAGGGCAUUUUGACUACUCCAUCAUUUUCAGCUUGAAAGCCGCCAUAUGACCUAUAAUUGUGUCGAUGUGACAUUAAACCCAAGAAAACAAACAAACGAAACCAUCAUUUUUACCAAAGAGAUUAUAACUACCUAUUGAUGGGUUCAUGACCACCCUGUUAUUUCUGUUAGUUUUGACCACUAUGUCAUUUGUGAACCAAUGGGAUUAUGACUUAGGUAUUUUGAGUGUGUCUUGACUGAUAGUCACAGAGUGUUAAGUUUUCUUUAGUUGUUAGGUUUGUGUUAAUUAUAUAUAUGAAAGAUUAACCUUUACCCUGCUAUAUUUAUAAAAUGGACUGGUCCAUCCUUCAAUUUGGGCAGUGCCACUUAUUAUACAAAGGGGUGUUCACUGAAAAUUUACUGUGUGAAUAGCAAACAGUGCAGACUUUGAUCAGCCUGCACGGAUGUGCACUUUAAUCUUGGUCUGCACAAGUUGCAAAGGCAGAAUUACUUGCCGCCAGCGGGCUAAAGGUUAAGAAGUUUAAUGAUCUCUAGUAAAACAGCCAACUGUUUCAAACCACCUGAGCCCUGUCAUGAUAUAUUUAAGAAAUAAUUUAUAGAAGAAUUGUGUUCUAAUUAAUUUAAACACUACAGAGAGGAUAUAUAUGCAGUGGAAAAGUGUAACAAGGGGAUGUAACUAUAAGGAGAUUUACAGGGUGAUGCAUGUAACUGAUUCUUUGUGCUUUAGCUGAUUAAACACAGUUCUGCUAUUUUAUUUAUAUUUUAGUUUAUUUUAUAUGUGUAAAAUAUUAAUAAAAUUUCUUGGUUGACAGUA